GCGGCAAGUUCUUUUGAAUUGAGACAUCAAGCCUGUGUGAUUGAUUUGGAAGGGAAGACACCACCUCCAUGAUCUCUACGCAUGAUGCUUGUUUGAUGUUGGCAACAAGUGAAAGGCAUGUUAUGAAGUGAAAACAGAUGGUAGAAGGACUCGCAACGAUCCAAGCCAUGACUACAGGGCAAAGAGCCACUUGAUAAUCGCUGAGAGGAUGAUUGUGGCGGGAUCCCAAGCCAACACCCGAAGUUUUUGGAGCCAAAGGCACUACGGACCAAACCGUCCCAAGGCAAAAGGUCACAUGCUAACCGUAUACCAAAACGCAAAAAGUAACCGAAACUUGGCGACGUCUCGUCAGGUCUCGUCUAACCCUAAGCCUGGACAAGUAUCAUGUGCUUUUGUACAGGAGUUUUUGACCUGGAGCACAAACCCAAGUCGGCGGCCGACCUUUUUGCCCUUUGCUGCCACCCGAGCCGAAAGAAGAAACAUGGCUCGGCAGCCCGCAUGUCAAAAGGCAGAUGAUCGUCAAUCGCGCCCGUUCUGGCGAGGGACGUUCGCAGAACAGCUUCCAAUGCCAGAAGACAUUUGCCCUCAUUUGCCUCAAUACUUCACCGAAAAAGAAAUCAACCGAACGCGAAAAUUACAUGUGAGUGAAACUCGGUCUGGACUUGGGGCCCAAUCACCUCCGGACUGCAUCAAAAAGUGA